AUGGCUCAAUCAAUAAUAUAUUGAAAUUCGAUAAUGUAAUAAAAUUCUCGGGUAACUUCAAUGUAUAUGUAAAGCGUUUGCAUAAAAAUAUACUUUUUCUUGAGCCUACAGAUAAGCUUAUAGAUGAGCUGAAAUAUAUGUUUUAUAUUGAGGAGAUUAAAUGCUUGUUUACGCCAUUUCUCCAAGGAAUUGAUCGCAAAUCAAUCGAAAGAUAUUGCAAUAUAGAAAUGUCUCACUAUGAAAAGCUAUCCUCGAUAGGAAAUGAGUUGGACAGAUAUAGAGAGAAACCUGAAAGAGAACAGCUUUUGGAAGAAAUUUGUACUUUUGUGGCAAAAUAUAUUCAAAUUCGAGAAGAUAUAUGUUACACGAAUGUAAGUGCAUCAUUGGAUACAAUCGCACAAGAGGUACUGACUUGUCUCAGAGUGAAGCAUCCGAACCAUUCGAUAUUCUCCACGUCAGAAGAAACUUUUUCCUAUUGGAAAAGCAACAAUAUCGAAGAUAAUCAUUGGAACGAAACAGAAAGUACGCAGAUUAUGGAUACACUUAAGAAAUAUAUAUUUGGUACCAUGAACUUUCGACCAUGUAGCUACUCACGUAAUGUAGACAUCAAAUGUUUGUGUAUAAAUUAUAUUUUACAAAGUAAACAUGGUCAAGCUAUCAUUAUAUUUACAAUAUUUCAUAGCGUGGCUAGAAGACUUGGUCUACGUUGCGAUAUAACACUUAUUUGGCCUCGCUAUUGUAUAUUUUGGAGACCGAAAUUAUGUUGAUGUUAACAAAAAAUACUGUUAUAGAUUUUAUAACGGAACACAAUAAAAACUUUGCGAUUACACCAAAUUGAUUGUAAUAAGUAAAGAACAUACGCGCACUAACAAUCGCAUAUUAGUAUAUAAUAUAUAUACAAUUGUAAAAAUAUUGAACUUUGUGAGAUUCUUUUGGAUAAUAAUUCUUUUAGAUAACAAUAUGUAUAAUAUACAAUUUUUUAUCA